GUUGAGCUUUGGUUAUCGUGCGAAAAGGCCGCAACUACGGUUGUUCGACGUCGUAAAUGUUGGAAUUUUUUUCACGCAAACUGUUGAUGAUAAACCAAUACAGAGUGUGUAAUGAACAGUUGUGUUCGGGAAAGUGUUGAAUUUAUUGAAAUUGUGACGAAAAAUGCUUUUGAUUUUAACUUAAAGCUGUAAAGAUUUUGCUGCAACUAACGGUAGUUCAGUGUGUGUGCUUUAAAUUACUCUUUAGCCGGCAGCGCUGGCCGUUUAAGCGGCUAACUGGCCGAGCAAAGACAGCGCUGUGCGAAUUUUCAAGCGUUGCAGCACUUUAAAAUUGCCAGUGACUUAAAUUCCUGCGUUUGUGUGCGUUGUGACUUUUCCGUUGCCUACAUUUAGGCACUUAACCCAACAACAGCCGCAAUUUAAGCCGCCUCCAACAUCCUGCUGUUGCGGUUAAGCGCUUGUUCCGGUCGCGUUGCUGGCGCUACACCGCCGCGCCGCCCGUCAACGCAUUAAUAUUGCAGUCGUUUGCUGCGUCACGCCGUCACGCCGCCGCCAACAUUUGUUUAUCAUUGACGCCGUUACUCGCUAAUUGCUGUGAUUCGUCGUUGUUGCAGACGCUGCUGCGCCGCUCAAGGCUCGUUAGCCGCUGUCUGGCUUCGCUUGGGUGCUAACUUACACAAAUCCAUUUUGGGUUAAGUGCGACAAUUAAUUUUUGUUGUAAUUAUCGGCGACGUAGUUGGCAGGCGUUAAAACUGUCUAAUUGAAUUGAAUUGUGGACGCAAACGAAUUUGUCGAGCGAGCACUACGUGUUUGUGUGUGUGUGCGGGUGCUCGUGUGCAUUAGUGGUACUUGAAACACUUGUGUGUGCUAACGGCGCUCAAUGUAACGCUUGACUGAAAGUGUAGCGCCUUGAAGUGGGCUAUGUUUUUUUGGAUAUUUGUGGCUUUUCUUGCUGUAAACGGUUUGUUGAGUGAAUUUUUAAAAAUUUUUUUGGAAAAUUGGUGUACUUUGAAAAUUAAUUAAGUUGCAAUUGUUAAGAAAAAACUUUAAAACAAUUGCUGUUUAAAAAAUAAGUUGCAAACUCAAAAUUUCUUCAACAAAAAAUUGAUGUGAGUUUUUUUGUAUUAAAUAUAUUCCAAAAAAAAAAAAUGUAGUUGUAAAAUAUACAGAUCUUGGUGGCUUAGCGUGUGUUGUACAAUUCUACGACGAAAUGCAAAAAUACAUCAAAUUUAAUAUAUUCAAAAAAAUUUUACGUAAACUUAAUAAAAAUACAAAAUUUGUAAAAAAUGUCUAUCAAGUGCUUUAAAUUUUAUGAAAAUGUGCGCCAAACGAAAUUUUCAAGCAAAAUUAUUUAUACAUAAACUAAUUUUAAAGUUUAUUUUGACUUAAAAACAAGCCAUAUUUGCAUAAUUAAAGCAUAUAAUAAUUAAAUGCUUCAUUAUAAUGGCAUUUUCAUGCAUAAACAACAUAACUAAAUAUUUAUAAAUACAUAAAUGUAACCAAAAAUCCACACAUUUAAGUCUCGCAAAAUGUUUUUUGCAAAGUUGGCAUCAAAAAACAACGAAAUAAACACAAUAAAAUUAAUUUAAAGUUGACUUUGAGCCACAAACAUUGUUAGGCGCAGCAAAAGUAAUAAAUAAAAAAUACAAAAAUUGACAUCCCUGCAAAUAAAAUGCUACUGCUUGGCCUCUUCAGCCACCUGCUAAGCAGUGGCAAGUUCUGGACGACGCGGCGCACAAACGCCAGCCAACACAUGGAUAUACGAUUUGUCUUCGUCAUAUUUUUUCUGCUCAAAUGGUCACAUGCACAAGGUUCACAUCCGCCACGGAUAGUGGAGCAUCCGAUAGAUACGACGGUGCCGCGGCACGAACCGGCGACACUUAAUUGCAAAGCAGAGGGCUCACCAACGCCCACAAUACAGUGGUUUAAGGAUGGUGUGCCGCUGAAGAUACUGCCCGGAUCCCACAGGAUUACGCUGCCGGCAGGUGGCUUAUUUUUUCUCAAGGUUGUAAACUCGCGUCGCGAAACGGAUGCUGGCGUCUACUGGUGUGAGGCGAAAAACGAGUUGGGCGUGGCGAGAAGUCGAAAUGCGACGCUGCAAGUUGCCGUGCUGCGCGACGAAUUCCGUCUGGAGCCGCAGAAUACACGCAUAGCACAGGGUGACACAGCGCUGCUGGAAUGUGCCGCACCACGUGGCAUCCCCGAGCCGGCGGUGUCAUGGAAGAAAGGUGGCCAGAAAUUGGAUUUGGAUAGCACGAAGCGUAUACGCAUCGUCGACGGUGGCAAUUUAGCCAUACAGGAUGCACGUCAAAGUGAUGAGGGUCAAUAUCAAUGCAUUGCCAAGAAUCCUGUGGGCGUACGGGAAUCUGUGUUGGCGACGCUCAAAGUGCAUGUGAAACCAUUUAUCAUACGUGGCCCACAUGAUCAAACGGUGUUGGAGGGCUCAUCGGUGACGUUUCCUUGUCGCGUUGGCGGCGAUCCAAUGCCAGAUGUUUUAUGGUUGCGCACAGCAUCCGGCGGAAAUAUGCCAUUGGAUCGCGUUAGUGUGCUUGAAGAUCGCAGCUUGCGUCUAGAGCGCGUUACAAUUGCGGAUGAAGGUGAAUACAGUUGCGAAGCUGAUAAUGUGGUCGGUGCGAUCUCCGCCAUGGGCACGCUGACCGUGUUUGCACCUCCCAAAUUCAUACAGCGUCCAAUAAGUAAAUCCAUUGAACUGGGCGCCGAUACUUCGUUCGAAUGCCGGGCAAGUGGCAAUCCGCGCCCCACACUCUUCUGGACUAUUAAAAAUAACCGCACAAUCGUAUUUCCGGGCGCGCCACCACUAGAUCGAUUUCAAAGCAUUAACACCGAGGAGGGCCACUCAAUAUUGACGCUGACGAAUUUCCAACGCACCGACCGCGAUUUGGUUGUGGUUUGUAAUGCCAUGAAUGAGGUUGCAACAAUAACGGCACGCGCACAGCUAACACUCGACUCGCAAGAGGACCGCCCACCGCCCAUUAUAAUUGCCGGCCCGGUUAAUCAGACGCUACCCGUCAAAUCAUUAGCCACAUUACAGUGCAAGGCCAUUGGAUUGCCGAAUCCGACUAUUUCCUGGUAUCGCGACGGCAUACCCGUGCAUCCGAAUGCUAAAGUGAACAUCACAGCGGCCGGCGAUUUGAUAAUUUCCGAUUUGGACCGCAAAGAAGAUCAGGGUUUAUACACAUGUGUAGCGAGCAGUCGUACGGGCAAGUCCACAUGGAGCGGUUAUCUGCGCAUCGAAGUGCCCACCAAUCCGAAUAUUAAAUUCUAUCGUGCACCCGAACAAACCAAAUGUCCCAAUGCACCCGGUCAACCCACCAUAUUGAAUGCAUCCGCCAAUGCGCUCACUAUUGUCUGGCCAACUAGCGACAAGGCGGGCGCCUCACCACUACUCGGCUACACGGUCGAGAUGUAUUCAACGAAUAAAAGUAAGACGUGGAUACCGAUAGCGGCACGCUUGACUGAACCCAUUUUCACGGUUGAAGGCCUUAGUGGCGGUGCGGCGUACAUGUUUAUUGUGCGCGCUGAGAAUGCACACGGUUUCUCGCCGCCCAGCCCCAUUUCGGAGCCAAUUACGGCGGGCAAAUUGCUCGGUGCCGGCGACGGUGGCGUUGUUGGUGGUGUCGGCGCAGGCGGUACAGCCACUUCGGAGCUGCUGCUCAAUGAAGCGGAAGCUGUGCUGCAGACCAACGAUUUGGUCGAACUACUCGAGGCCAAUGCCACCGAUGCGACGACGGUGCGACUCGCUUGGGACAUUGACAGCGGUCAGUACAUUGAGGGCUUCUACAUUUACGCGCGUGAACUACACUCGGCCGAAUACAAAAUGAUGACCAUAUUGAAUGCGGGUAGCGGCGCGUCGGCGUGCACUGUCAAUGGACUGGAGAAGGCGAGCAUGUAUGAGUUUUUUCUUGUGCCAUUUUUCAAGAGCAUCGUAGGCAAACCGUCCAAUUCGAAACGUGUGCGCACCAUGGAAGAUGUGCCCGAGUCGCCGCCGCAUGCCAUGGAGGCCAUACAAUUCAAUCGGACAUCGGUGUUCCUCAAAUGGCAGCCGCCCUAUCCGAAUAAGACACGAAAUGGCAUUUUAACCAACUACAAUGUGCUGGUGAAGGGUCUGGACUCGCACAAUACGACACGCAUUUUCAAAAAUAUGACCAUCGAUGCCGGCUCACCGACAUUGCUGUUGGCCAACCUCAGCACCGGCGUUACAUAUUACAUUUCCGUUGCGGCCGCCACCAAGGUGGGUGUGGGCCCAUUCAGCAAGCCGGCUGUGCUGCGCAUGGAUCCACGCACACAAUCGCUCGACACCGGCUACACGAGGUAUCCCAUCAAUCGCGACAUUGCUGAUGAUUUUCUAACACAGACUUGGUUCAUCAUUCUGCUGGGCUCCAUUAUAGCGUUAAUUGUGUUUCUCUUCGGCGCUUUGGUGCUCUUCAAACGCUAUCAAUUCAUUAAGCAAACAUCGUUGGGCAGUUUACAUGGCAAUCACGCAAUCGGUGCGGUGCGCAAAUUUCCUACGCUGCCGUUAAAUGCCAAUGGUGUUUGGAUCGAUCCGACCGGCGGUGUAUGGCGUCAGGCUAGCAAUUGCACAACAAAGGACCAACUUCCGGAUUACGCACAAGUCACCGGGCAGCAAACGUUGCCAUUACCCGAUUAUGAACGGCUGACACCGCUCAACAUGCCCGAUUAUGCUGAGGUUGCAUGUUCAACAUUCAAAACGCCCAACGGCCCACUGGGGCACGUAACGCCAAACGGAAAUGCACAUGCCAUAUUGCAGCAAACAUCCGGUGGCAAUGCUGGUGGUGUUGGUGGGAACAAUGUGCCAGCCAUCGGUGGCAUACACAAUGGCAAUGCGCUCUAUGAUAGCUGCGGCGCGUAUGCAACAACGAAUUUGGUGGCGAAUGCCAAACUCUAUCAGAAUCGCUAUGCCACAACCGCGAAAACAACAGCCGCUAUGUCAGCUUCAACGGGCAAUGCCGCCGCCGCCGCCAACGGUAAGGCAAUGCGCCAAUUGAGCAAUGCCAACGGCAACAAUAACAACAGUAGUCCGGCGCAUAAUAAACACGAUGACUAUCGCGCCGCUGGCAUGUACUCGGCGCCACCCAGCGCGCACUAUGCCGGCCUCAUCGAUUUGGCCGCGUCGAAUCCCUUCAAUGACAAAAUGACCGCCUCCACCGCGUCUACGGCGAUUUUGAGCGCCUCACCAGCGAAAAGCGCAAGCCAUAAGAAAACCGACGCGAAGAGUUUGUACGGUGGCAGUCAGCAAAAAAUCAAUAUUACCGAAAAUAAACUGGAUCUCAUGAGCAACAUCAGCCGCAUUUCGCCCACACCGACCAACGGCUCGUCCGGUUCAUCUGCCGCCACCGCGUCCAGCUCCGCGGGUAGUGAUAGCAUGAGCGCAACAACAAAUGCGCUUAUGCCGCGCAUGAAUCCCUUCAACACUGGCAACAUGAGCGCCAACACCAGCAGUGGCAAUGCUAAUCAACGACAACUACAACAACAGCAAUUGCUUGCCGCCAGUAAUGCGUUGCGGCAGGGACUUGGCGCCUUUGCCAGCACCACUUUGGCCGCGCAGAUGGUAACCGGCGGUGGCGCGGGCACGUUGCGUCGCCAGCGUCAUCCGAAAAUAUUCAAAAGCGAAAACAACAUUAACUUUGGCAAUCUAUAUGGCAGCGGCAAUAAUGCAACUGCCAGCAAUAAUAAAUCACAAUUGCUCAUUAACCACAUCGGUGGCGGCGGUGGCGCUGGCAAUGCACUUACACUUAGCGCCGCCACAAAUAGCAGCAGCGCCGCGCAUUUUGACUUCCUCACAGGCGGCGAAGAUGGCGCGCUAAGCGGUGGUGGCUGCGGCGGCGGCGGCGCGGCACUAACUAAUGCGAUCAACGAGGCGGCUAGCGACUUUGGCGCCGCGCUUAGCACAUCAACGAAUCAACUGCUCAAUGAUUGGGCUUCCAGCGCCAGCGUCGCGGCUGAGCAGCAAACCAACACACAUGCACCGGCGUUCACGCAAUCGCCAGCGCAUCACCAGCAAACAGCCCACCACCAACCACCGACGAAUCAACAGCCACACCAACAACAAAACUACAAUCACAGCUUUGGCAGCAAACAGCCGAGUAAGCAGCAUUUGUACGUGAAGGCGAAGGACGGCUCGUGGUCCACCGUCUCUUCGGAUGCAUAUCAAUCCUACAAGCAGCAGCAGCAACAAGCGCUGACACAAGGUGAUAAGCCACAACAACAGCAACAGCAGUCGCUAGCAACAGCAAGUCAUAGCAGUAAUUUUAAUGCCAGCAAUAAUAGUUGCAUUAGUAGUAGCAGUAACGGUAGUAGUAGUAUUAAUAGUAGUAGUAAUAUUGCGGGCGCCGCUCAGAAGAGCUUUGAUAGCUGCUUAAAUGAAUUCAACGCGUCGCUGCAGAAGGUCAGCGCUAGCGCUAAUAAUAGUAGUUGUAAUUACAGUAAUAUGCCCGCCACCCAACACACACCCACCCAUACACAGCAGGCCACAGCGCAAUCACAGCCAACAACAACAGCAACAGGGAAGUAUUUUACGAGCUACGGCAGCAGCGAUAAGGUGUAAAUCAUGAGGCGUUUACGCGCUUUCGGUUCGCUGCAUUUCCACAUUCCUUUCUCUCGAGUUCAAGAGCCGAAUUUGUAGGUGGCGCUCGCUUUCCUAAUUACAAAGCGCAUUAAUGUGUGUCAUUAUCGCGGCGCGCACUCGGAGAUUUAAGUGCGCAAAGCUGGCCAGCGACAAUGGGCGGUGUGUGUUAGACCAAAAAUUAGUGGCCGGCGCUGUAGUUAAGCGCAAGCUGAGGCGUUAAAUAUUAUAUAUAAUGUAAUCAGUUAGAUAAAAAUUAAAGAGAACCCCUGAAAUGAGGUGAAAUGAGUGUAGUUGUUGGUGUUUUGGUGCAUAAGUUUGGCGGAAACGGACAUUAAAUGCAGCAAGCCAUUGUAAAACGAAUAUUUGUCGCGUGCAAAUUAUAGCAAAAUAUGAAGCGUACUUAAAUUGUUACGAUCCUUAAGGUAGUGAAGCUAGUUAAACGAUAUCACGAAAUAAAAUAGCAAAAAAAUAUUAAAAAAAUGCACGAAAAUUCGAAAAUCCUACACGAGUAAUAAAUAUAAAUAGCAAAAAUAAAUCCAUAUUAGAAAUAGAUUCUUUCAUAACACAUAUAUCCGUGGAAUACUGUAGUUAUAUGUGGGAGAAAAUGCACUAGUUCUCAAUUAACCCGCCUGAACCGCAAUGAAUACUUUAACACGUUCGCAUUCGUGCUCUUUCCCGUUUAAAGUUCAAAGUUCCUGUUUAGUCUACAUAAAUUUUCUAUAGCAUAAUUCCAAACAGUACGCAGUAAUAUGAAAAAUAUCAGCGGUACCCGUAAUUUUGUUUUCAGCACAUUAUUCCAUGAAUUUUUAGAUGAGAAUAAUAUCAAUCGGUGUUUCCAACCCUUUUUCUGAGCAAAAAUCGCACAAUGUAAUCGACGAACCCCAAAAAAAUGGGUUAAAUAGUUUGAAUAUGGUGACACACCGGUGCCCUGAAAGCCACUACCACAGAAAAUGGCGAGACAAGUAUGACGCAUUGGCCGACCGUAAAUUGAAGAUCCGCGAAUAGCUGAUAGGGCAGCUAGCUAA